AUGUCUUUCCAAAUUCCUUACUUGCCCACCGAGAUCCGGCUUGGCAUCGUCGAAGCCUUACUGGAGGAUGGCUGCAGACUGGCACCGCUCGCUACCGUGUCGCGAGACUGGCAGGAGGUGGUAGAACCGUAUACCUUCUCCCACAUCAAGCUUACGACAGAGCGAGCUGGCCAGUUCGCAUCGAUGACCCGCCGCAACCGGGCCCAUAUCCGCUACAUAUGGGUCAGCCUAGAAAUUCGGGAUUACGACUGCAUCCCUUGCCUAAAAGACAGAGGGUGGGGAGUGCGCCAGGCAAUGAACGAAGCGAAUAGAGUCCUCGUUGCGUCGGCGUUGCGCGAUCUGUUUGCGGCUCUCAGCGAGUGGGAGCCGACCGGCAGCCUGGUGCUCGACUUUGGGGUCGAUUCGCCCUGCGACCCAAAGGAGUGGUUCAAAUACCGUGCUUCAGGGCUCGAUGAAUCCGACGACGAAGAUGAUGAGGGUCGAUGCCCCGAAGAGGGCUGGACACCGCAAUUUUAUGGACCGCAUCCCCGGAUCCCCUACAGGCUUAACGUCUUUGAGCAUAUAAUGCAAGGGAGCUUUUUCGGAAGGGAUCCCCUCAAGGAACAGAUAUGUUGGCAUCUACUGCCUCAAGCCCCCGCAGUUACGGGCGUGCUUCUCCGAGAGCAAGGCAGCAUCCAGUGCCGACCGACGGCGCUGAGGUGCCUGCUUUCACGUUUCCCCAGGCUCGAGGAGAUCUACUGCGAGCCCCGGACUCUGUGGUACAGCAAAACACCGGCGCGUGGUCCAGGAGGAAGCAUAUCGUGUUUUGAAGCGCUCGCUUCCAGCGGAGUGCGGAGACUUGUGCUCAUGGAGAACGAUGAGGACUCGGAUGACUCCUCGAGUGAUUCCGACAGCGAUGACGACAACGACGCCUACGGGCUCGUUCUUAUCCCGGGGCGUGAGAUCGGCCGACAGGUUGCCAGCGCCAGCCUCAACCUCGAGCAUCUCUCCAUCGCCUUCAACGCCGACGCUCGCGCCUUCUUCCGCGCCUGCCAGCCCGACUGGACGUGGCCCAACCUGACGUCCCUCGCGCUGACCUCGUACUCGCUCGCGCGCGGCCAGCAGGGCUGGAACAACGGCCUGCUGCGCGCCGCGGCGGCGACGGCGAUGAGAAUGCCGAGGCUCGAGACAAUGGAGAUAUGGAACCCGGGGCUGGGGCGGCCCAUGCUCUUCAGGUACGAGGCAAAGGGGGACGGGCGGAGGCCUGUGAUACGCUGGAGGGGGAAAUGGACCCUGGAGCUGGAUCCCGCGACGGUCCGCGCUUGGGAAGCCGUCGCGCUGGAGCAUCGUGGCCGCGCGUGUGUCGUUGUGGGAGAGUUGCUGGACGAGGGCACGGUGAUCAAGUGUCUGGCGGAGUCCAUCGGCCACUUGAAGCUUUCGAGCGAGGUCGUUCGGAGCGGUAUGAUCGCGCAACUGAGUAUCACCGCCUUGGCCAUCCUGAGCCGCGCCGCCUCUGCCGCGCCCAUGAGCGAGGCCGACCAGGACGUCUCGGCGCGAAGCCCAUCCACGUUAAACUCGCUCGAGGCCCGCCUCCUCACGUGGAAGACACAUUGCGCCCAAGCGGAUGCGCCGUCCUACUGCGUGCAUGCGCCGGCCGAGUGCGACAACAUCGGGACAUACCACGCGAGCGGGCGCUCAGACGAAUGCAAACACGAUUGGCAGUGCGGAAACUGA